AGUGUAUCAACGCGAGAAUCCGGAUUUUAUCACUGUGUAUCUCGAAAUAUAAGCAACCAUUCAAAAUUUUACGUCCAUACCGUGGAAUUAAUAGUUCAAAAAAAUGACUAUUAUUGGGAAAGUCAAUUUGAAGUUAAUCUUUUGCGGACUCUGAUGGUUAUAAUGGUUAUUGUCGUCAGUAUUGCGGUUUAUUUAUUAGUCACUACCAGAAAAAGAGAUGAAUUAAGGCCAACGAAUUAUUGUAAAGACAUACCAAAAAUAAAACUUUCUUCGUCAAGAUCAGACGGUCCGGGAACAAGUGGAUUUUCAAAAGGAUAUAAACCGUUUCAUGAAGAUGAAUUACCAUAG